CUUCUGCAGCAGACCUAAAUGGGAGUUCAAGGUUUAUGGGAGUUACUGGCUCCCGUCGGCCGUCGUGUCUCCGUUGAAACCAUAGCCGGGAAAAAACUCGCCAUUGAUGCGAGUAUAUGGAUGGUGCAGUUUAUGAAGGCCAUGAGAGAUGAUAAAGGAGAGAUGGUACGAAACGCACAUUUGCUAGGGUUUUUCAGGAGAAUCUGCAAGCUUUUGUACCUCAAGACUAAGCCAGUCUUCGUGUUUGACGGUGCCACGCCAGCUCUCAAGCGCCGGACCGUCAUCGCGCGUCGCAGGCAACGAGAGAACGCCCAGGCCAAGAUCCGGAAGACAGCCGAGAAAUUGCUCCUCAAUCAUCUCAAGCAAGUGAGAUUGAAAGAGCUGGCACAGGAUCUUGAGAGCCAGAGGAAAAAUCAGAAGAAUAUGAAGGGGAAGAGAAAAAUGUCUUCAGAUGAGUCAUAUCAAACCAACAUAGAAUCAGGAAAUUCCAGUCAUGAAACAGUGAAAGAAACGUCGGGAAAGUCUGUUGCAGAAAAAGAUGGGAAGUUAAAUAACAUUGGGUCGACCACUCCUGCUGCAGCUCCAUCUGUGGAGGAUGAUGGAGAUGAGGAUGAAGAGUUAAUACUGCCAGAAAUGAGUGGGAUUGUUGAUCCAGAUAUUUUAGCUGCUUUGCCUCCAUCUAUGCAACGUAGUAUUCUUGGUCAGAAUGAUUCUAAGAGUAAGAAGAUAUUAUCAGACAAACCGGAUCAAUUUGACAUGGAAAGGAGAACUUCAGAACAGAAUGCUGCUGCAUCUGCCAGUUGCAAUCAGGAAAUGCUUGAUCAAAUGUUGGCAGCAUCUCUCAUGGUGGAAGAUAGAAAUUUAUCUAAUAAUAAUGCAUCAACAUCUGCUGCUGCCAUUCCUUUUGAGGAAGAUGCUGAUGAGGAUGAGGAUGAGGAGAUGAUUUUUCCAACACUACAUGGUAAUAUUGAUCCAGCUGUUUUGGCCUCAUUGCCUCCAUCAAUGCAACUUGAUCUUCUUGUCCAGAUGAGAGAAAGAUUGAUGGCUGAAAACAGACAGAAAUAUCAGAGAGUCAAAAAGGCCCCUGAAAAAUUUUCUGAACUACAAAUACAGUCUUAUCUUAAAACUGUUGCUUUCCGUCGAGAGAUAGAUGAAGUGCAGAAAGCUGCCGCUGGAAGGGGAGUAGGUGGUAUACAAACUUCAAGGAUAGCCUCAGAAGCCAACAGAGAAUUCAUCUUUUCAUCAUCAUUUACUGGGGAUAAACAAGUGCUUGCAUCUGCAAGACUGGAGAGAAAUGUAGAUAAGCAGCAGCAGAUGCCACCAAAGCUUCCUUCAGAUUCUUUGAAUAACAUUGUAUCUAGCAGUAACUCUAAUGAUGUGACAGCAUUGGCCCCAGACGAACCUGGAAAUACUCUUGAUGAAGAUGUUCUGACAUAUGUGGAUGAGAGGGGGCUGGUACGAGUCAGCAGAAGGAGAGCUAUGGGGAUCCGUAUGACCCGUGAUUUACAAAGAAAUUUGGAUUUCAUGAAAGAGGUUGAGAAGGAGAGAACAAAUUCAAAAAGUGCAAAUGUUGAGUCUAUCCUAGACAGGAACAGAGUGGGUACUCAAAGAAGUUUGUCUGGGGAAAACCAGUUUCUGGAAACUUCUCAUGAUGGUAACCUUGAAUCUGUGAACUUGAAUAAGAGUGAUGGGCAAUCAUCCUCUUUUAAGAAUGAAGCUUCUAUUGAGAUUACUUUAGAGGAUGAUGGGGAGAACAACCAUUUUGAUGCUGAUGAUGAUUUAUUUGCUCGUUUAGUUGCAGGAGAUUCUGUAACAACAAUUUCUUCUCCUGGCAAAUCUCCUUCUAGAAAACAAUCUUCAGAUUAUGAUUCAGAUUUUGACUGGGAAGAAGACAUUGUCGAAAGAAAAUGUUAUAGUUCAGAAAAUGAUGUUAAUGUUGAAGUUGAGCCUUCUCUUAAAGAGGGAGACAUCAGUGAUGAGAAUGAAGUGGAAUGGGAGGAAGGACCUUCUGGUGCUCCUAAAACUUCCUCAAGCCCUGAUGAACAAGUACAAACACUUUCAAAAGGUUCUUUGGAAGAGGAGGCUAAUUUGCAGGAGGCAAUAAGGAGAAGUCUCUUGGAUUUAAGUGGUGAGAAGUCGAAUAAUUUUUCUUCAGAACCCAAGAAGUUGAAAGACUUUGAAGAAUACGCUAUUGUAGGUGCUGAGAUUCCUCAUGAAGAAAAUAAAUUGGAUGGACCAAGUUUGCCAAGGGAGAAUGUUUCUGAAAAAAAUGAAUUACUACCUGAAAUUGUAGAUGGAGUUGAGAAACUAUGUAGUCCAGGUGGAGUAAGCAUCUUAGAUAAAAACACUUCUCCAGAGAGGCAGUCUAAGUCAGUUUUGAUGAAUGGUUCUGAUGACAGAGUGGAGGAGGUGAACUUCCCUUUAGAACAAUGCUCUGAUUGUUGUGAUGAGGGUCAUGAAUCAUUGUCCAUCGCUAAAAGGUGCUCUGGUGAUAUUUGUCAUAAUUUUGGUGCAGUAUCUGGCGGUCCAUCUGAGGCUGUUCAUUAUGAUGAUAAGAAUAAUGAUUAUGCAGCUGAACCAUGUGUUCCAAUCAGUGAUAGGAAAAAUGGUCUUGAGGUGGACCCUUCAACCAUGAUUGAGGACAAGAAACUAUUGCAUCACUCAGUUGAGAUAACUGAUUCUUCAAUCCCUGUGGUGGGUUCAUCUCUUGAUAGUUCAAUGUCUGAUGUUUGCAUUGGGCAAAAAUUUCCUGGAGAAGGGACUCCUGUCAAUCACUUCAAAGUGAGGGAGCAGAGCAGUGACAAAUCUGCAAUUAUAGACAAUUAUAAUGAACAGAUUGAAUUCUCAGAGGCCAGUUUGGAAGAGGAACUACUAAUUCUAGAUCAAGAACGUAUGAAUCUAGGAAAUGAGCAGAGAAAGCUUGAACGGAAUGCAGAAUCUGUUAGUAGUGAGAUGUUUGCAGAGUGUCAGGAAUUGCUGCAAAUGUUUGGUUUACCUUACAUUAUUGCACCGAUGGAAGCAGAAGCUCAAUGUGCUUAUAUGGAGCUUGCAAACCUUGUGGAUGGUGUUGUUACUGAUGAUUCUGAUGUGUUCUUGUUUGGGGCACGGAGUGUUUACAAGAAUAUAUUUGAUGAGAGGAAAUAUGUGGAGACUUAUUUCAUGGAGGAUAUUGAGAAGGAGCUUGGCCUAACCAGAGAGCAGUUAACACGGAUGGCAUUGCUUCUUGGGAGUGAUUAUACUGAAGGAAUUAGUGGGAUUGGCAUUGUUAAUGCUAUUGAGGUUGUAAACGCUUUCCCUGAGGAGGAUGGUCUUCAUAAAUUCCGUGAGUGGAUUGAAUCCCCAGAUCCAAGCAUUCUAGGGACGCUCAGCAUGCAAGGAGGAUCUACUAAAAGGAAGAGAGGAUCAAAUCUUACUGAUCACGAUGUGAAUCAUGGAGAAUGCAACACAGGGGUCACUGCAAGCAGCAUAGGCAUAUCUGCAACUGGCCAGUGCACAAACCAAGCUGAGGAAAGCAGGCAGUCAGCAGAUAAAAUGGAUGAUUUAAAGCAGAUUUUUAUGGAUAAGCAUGUAAUUGCCAUAUUGUGCUGGGAGAAGCUUGGGUGGGGCAGUCAGAAGUCUGAUGAGUUAUUAUUACCUGUUUUGAAAGAGUAUGAGAAGCGUGAGAUUCAACUGCGAUUGGAAGCAUUUUACCCUUUCGCUUUCAAUGAAAGAUUUGCCAAAAUUCACAGUAAGAGAAUUAAGAAAGCUGUUAAAAGAAUUACUGGCAAACAAAGCGCAGAGUUGAUGGGUGAGGCUGUUCAAGAAGCUUCUAAAAGUAGGAAGAAGAUGAGAGUCAGCUCCAAUAAUAGCGGAAAUAAGAGAUCAAGGAAAUCCUCAGUAAAAUCUAGGGGCACUAACCUGAGCAAUUCUGUGGAAGAAUCAAUGCCAAAGCUGUCAAGAGAAGAGCAAGACCCUGGAAAUUCUGUUCAAUCUGAAAUAAGGAAUCCGGAAAUGCCUCUGCCGGCAGAUGUUGGGCAGAAUACCAAAGAACAGUCACGUGGGUAUGAAAGGGGUAGAGGUCGUCGAGUACAAAGAGAAAAAAGGAAAGCAAGUCUUGGUUCUGAGCCAUCUGAAACCAGUUGUAGCAAUGGUAAUAGUGGUGAUAAUGACCUCCAAGUCCAUUGUGAUAAAUUAGAGGAGCAACGAGAAGUGCGGCGGUCAGCUCGUUCUCGGAAGAAGGUGAAUUACGCUCAGAGUGACCCAGAAAUUGACGAGGUUGGUGUGUCACCAAUCAACAAUGGAAACUCUAGUGGAAAGGAAAGGGAACAAGAUAUAUUUGAGACAGAAGAGGUAUGUGGAGAUGCUAGUGGUGGUGGUGGUAACUUCACUAAACAGAAUCAUCAUGAAGUGCCAGAUCCUGCAGUCAUGGAGGACAUCUGUAGUGACUACCUUGGAAAGGGGGGUGGAUUUUGCACUGAUGAAGAUCCAGGGACAAACAAUGACAUAGAUCCAUUCUUUGAAGAUAAAUUGUCUAAAGAAUACCUGAAAACAGGAGGCGGGUUCUGUUUGGAUGAAGAUGAAACAAACAAGGAUGAAGAGGCUUCAUGCCACCCAGAUAACUCUGGGAAAAGUGACCCUACCCAUUGCUUCAGUGUUAUGGGAGAGGCUGGCCAUGAUAUUGGCUCAAGUCAAACAGUUUACAGCCCUGAAGGAGCUUUGCAGGGAUUUCAAAACGGAGGGAAGACGGACACAUCUAACUCCAUGAUGAAUCUGGAGAGUCAAAAUACCACAAGUAAUACUACCGUAGGCAAGACCCUGCAGGAGGAUACAAAAAUUGAUGGGGAGAUGCCCUCUGCAGGAGCCCUGAGUGCCAUGCCCUACUUGAAGAGAAAGCAAAGGAGGAAGAAAUGACAUGCCGCCCAGGCUUUGGGAAAUCCUGGUAAAUAUAAAUAAC